AUGGAUACAGUAGUCCAAUUUGACGUUAAUGCAUGUGUAAUAUGUCGAGACUACGAAGGUACUGACAUUAAAUUGGCUGAAGUGAAGACGGAGGGUAGAUCAAAUUUGAUAGAUUACAGCUGUAAACGCAAAGAUGUUGAUUUAUUCAAUUACUUGUCAACUGUUGAUGUUAAAAAUCCAAAAAAAAAGGAUAUAAUUUGUCAGGCCAAAACUGAUACCAUACAUUCAACAAUUCAGAGAGUAUGCAGGGAAAAACAAGAUAAAUGGGCAUUUGAAGUGAGUGGCCGGAUUGAGACGAGUUGUGACUUGCAUGCAGCAGAUGCAGUUUAUCACAAGAACUGUUGUAGAAAAUUUGUGACACCACCUCAAAAAGUUAAACCUGUCGGUCGCCCUCCACACGAAAAUGCAGCUGAAAUAUUCGAUAUGAUUUGUAAUAAUUUUGAAAAUUCAGAUUCCGAACUCCUAACAGUCGAUAAUCUCAUUGAAGAGAUGACACUUUUGUGUGAUGAUCCAUCUGAUGUUUAUUCAUCGCGUUAUAUGAAAAGCAAACUAUAUGAAAGAUAUGGGGACGACCUAUUCAUUGCUGAUUUCAGUAACCGCAAAAAUGUCAUUUGCUUUAAUAAUACUGCAAAACGUUUAAUUAAUGACUCAUGGUAUUCAGAACGAGAAAGUGAUAUAGUUUCGGAAAGUAAGAGAAUUGUCGAAACAGCUGCAAAGCUCAUAAAGAACAGCAUCCGUGAGAAAAUAUUCGACACCGAAUCAUAUCCAGCUGAAAAUCAAAUAAAAGACAAAAUUGUUAUGUCUGAAUGGGUGCCUGAUCUACUACUAACUUUUCUCAAAAAAAUGAUAUGUGAUGAAAUGAAACAAAUUUCUCUAGGGCAUUGCAUAGUGCAAGCCAGUCGACCAAAGUCAGUUAUAUCUCCUAUUUUGUUUGGCGUGGGAAUAUCUAUUGACCACAAAUUAGGUGGAACUGGAAUUUUACAUAUUUUGUCAAGAUUGGGAUUAUCCAUUUCCCCUGAUGAAAUUACUCGUUAUAAGCAAUCAGUGGUGCAAACGGAAGAUGCUAAUUUGCCUGCAAUAGAUGGUUUGGGAACGUUUCACGGAAUGGGUAUGAUCUCCAUGACAACAAAAAUAAAUAUGAAUACCAUAACUGAAGAUGAAACCCUAUCCACAAGUGAAUUUAAAUUGAUUAAAAGACUUGCACGUGUGAAUGUUGCCCGCAUAGCUUUAAAAACUCAUGUACCAAUGCUGCGUUAUUAUGCACCCAACAUACCAGUUUUGUCAAAACUUAAAUUUAAGCCACUCAUCCAACUGCAAUAUCCGUACAGUCUUCCGGCUAGUACUAAUCAUGAUUUGUUAUGGCAAUUUGGAGUUUACAAUCGAGGGGAAGCUGAUUCUCAACCAAACUGGUCUGGAUACAUGCAAGAUGUGAACAUAGGUGAACAUUCAUUGUCUGCAGACAUACGAAUGCAGCUAAUUUUGGAUCAAAAUCCAAACGACAGAUCUUGCAUUUUAUCAACGUUAUCUUACGUACGCAAUCAGGCAUCUAAACUUCAAAUUGAAACGGCAUGCAUAACUUUCGAUCAGCCAUUGUGGAUAAAGGCGGUAGAAAUCAUUGAAUCAGAAUCGCUUGGUAUGGUGUGCCGGCUUGGUACAUUUCACAUGAUUAUGAAUUUUCUCGGAAGUAUUGGUACUGUGAUGGCUGGCUCAGGGAUUUCUGAAAUUCUUGAAUGUUGUUAUGGCUCCAACGCUAUUAUACAUAUGUUGAGUGGCAAGGCUGUGGCAAGAGCACUUCGGGGUCAUUUUCUAAUUGAAUCAGCUCUCCAUAUCAUGAUAAUGAAGAAUGUUUUAAAUACAGAUGAACCACCAGUCACUGGAUCAAUUUCACAUGAUGACAUUAAUGAACUUCUUUCGUUCUAUGAUAAGGUUAAUAAUGGAAAAGUAAACAUAAAUGACGUUGACUAUCCACAAUCAAUGAUCAAUUUGGACAGGGCGUUGUCAGCAUAUAAAUCCAACAUAGCAAACAGAUCAAGGACAGCAAAGCUAUGGUUGCAAUAUCUUAAGUAUAUUGAUGUUUUGAAAACAGUCAUUCGUGCUGAACGCACUUGUGAUUGGAACAAGGGCGGAUCCAGGAAGUUUGACUGGUGGGGGCGAAAAUUUUUAAAUAAAUAUUUUGUAAUGUUGAAUAUAUCCAUUUUUGAUUAUAAAUUUUAG